CGGGGCCCGGAGAAUGGGGCGGGGCUCUCCGGAGCUGUCCGCGGGUCCGGUGCUGAAGUAGGCGCGGACGUGCGGUCCCCGACGCCUGUUGACCCUGAAGGCCAAGACCAUGGCGUUCAUGGUGAAGACCAUGGUGGGCGGCCAGCUGAAGAAUCUCACCGGGAGCCUGGGGGGCGGCGAGGACAAGGGAGAUGGGGACAAGUCAGCAGCCGAGGCGCAGGGCAUGAGUCGAGAGGAAUAUGAGGAAUAUCAGAAGCAACUGGUGGAAGAGAAGAUGGAGCGGGACGCACAGUUCAUGCAGAGAAAGGCAGAGCGGGCCACGCUGCGGAGUCACUUCCGAGACAAGUACCGUCUGCCCAAGAAUGAGACAGAUGAGAGCCAGAUCCAAAUGGCAGGCGGGGACGUGGAGCUGCCCCGGGAGCUGGCCAAGAUGAUCGAGGAGGACACGGAGGAGGAGGAGGAGAAGGCCUCAGUGCUUGGGCAGCUGGCCAGCCUCCCCAGCUUGGAUAUCAGCUCCCUCAAGGACAAGGCCCAGGCCACACUGGGAGACCUCAAGCAAUCCGCUGAGAAGUGCUACAUCAUGUGACCAUGUCCCCUGGGUUGGCCACUGGGACAGCCAGAGGGCUGGGUCCCCAUGAGGACUCAAUUUCAGGGACCUGUACCCCACUGGGGCUCUGUCCCUUGCCUCAGCUUGAUCCAUGCCCAAGCUGCCUCUGGUCUCUCCCUUUCCAUGGGAGCAAGUUCCCAUUCCUCACCCUGUCCUGUUGGACACUGCCCCCAAUCAGCUUGGGAGACCUCCAAGUCUGUAGGAAAGAGCUGGUCCUCUCUGGGUGUGGCCCCCUAACACAGAUGCACUUACAGGACACAAAACCUCUGGCGCACACAGACACACAUACCCCCUGUACCCAGCCCUUUGAAGCACUAGCCCCAGGUACUAUCAGGGAGGUCCCUGGGCAGCACCCUUAGCAGACAGGAGGCUGCAUUCCAGUCUACCUUUAUUCUCUUUCUGGCCUCAUCUUAUUGUCUGUAAAAUGGGAACAGACUGGGUGACUUCUAAGAGUCUGGCGUGGCAUCCCGGUCAUGUGGAGCUGAGCCCACAGCCCUCCUUGGGCAGGGAAACAGCUGCAAUUCAGCCUAUAGCAGCUACCACUCAGGCUCUGGAGCUGAGCAAUGCUGAGAGAGGCAGAGUGCCAAGGAUGAGGCUGGCACUGAGCAGUAGCCCAGGCAGCUCCAGGCCUCACUGGGCCCAGGGCCCAGCUAAGUUCUGUUCUGUUCCUGUAGAACUCUAUUUGGAUUCCAUAGCUGGAAUCUCCUCUCCCAGCUCAGUCAAAAAUAAAAAUUCCAGAUGACAUGGCCAUCUUCCCACUGCUUUCUGACCUUGAAUCUGGGAGCUCGUGGUCCCCAGAGCUUGCCCUUGGAGGGGUGUCCUCUUCCUCCUCACCUAUGACUUCAUAGGAGGGAGAGGACAUCAGUGCCAGAGGAUAUUGGUCUCAGCCUCUAUAGGAAGUUUAGACUCUUCCUUGGCAGGGUCCUUGGUAAGGGAGCAGCAGGUCCAGCCUGAGGCUCGGUGAACUAGGGUGGGUUCAGGGGCUGGGGUGGACAGGGCAGCCAGCUGGAUGGAGUUGUGUGUGGCAAAGUGGGGCAUAGGUGUGUUAUCUAAGGCCAUAGCUGUCUCUAGCCCUUGUGCUUAUAUCCAUCCCCAAGAUGCAUUGGAUACACAGAUGGAACCAGAGGACAGCAAAGCAAAAGUGCCCCAGCCCGGCAUGCUGUGUGGCUUUCUGCAGGUCCUCUCCCUCUCUGAGCCCACCCAGAAUAACAACGAUACUUAUUGC